UUGAUUCUUUUGGAGCUGACUGAGUUCACUGAGCGGUGGCAGGAGGAGGGGGCCCGCAGCCGCUGUUUAACAAAAAUACUCCGUACUGGCUUUACAUCCGGAGUCUCCACCGCUUUCCCCGCUUCAAUUUUAUCCCUUCAGACUUUUAUCGCUUUUACUAAUUUAUUGUAGUUUAUGGUUUACACUCCGGGAGGGCAGAAAUGGCGGCCAACAUGUACCGGGUCGGAGAUUACGUCUUCUUCGAGAACUCCUCCAGUAACCCUUACCUGAUCCGUCGGAUAGAGGAACUGAAUAAGACGGCCAGCGGAAACGUGGAAGCCAAAGUCGUGUGUUUCUACAGACGAAGAGACAUUUCACACAGCCUCAUUCAGCUCGCAGACAAACACGCAAAGGAGUUGGAGGAGGAGAAGGAGAGUCCCACAGAGACAGAACUCACAGACAAACAAAAACAUCAGCUCCGCCACAGAGAACUGUUCCUCUCACGACAGUAUGAAAGUUUACCAGCCACACACAUCAGGGGUAAAUGCAGCGUGGCUCUGUUGAACGAGACUGAAGCGGUUCUGUCAUAUCUCGACAAAGAGGACACAUUUUUCUACUCGCUGGUGUACGACCCCACACAGAAGACGCUGUUGGCCGACAAAGGGGAGAUCAGGGUGGGCCCCCGAUUUCAGGCUGAUGUACCAGAGAUGCUACAAGAAGGUGAGGAGGAUGAGAGGGACCAGUCUAAACUCGAAGAAAAACUAUGGGACCCCGAGUGCCCCCUCACCAACAAACAGAUCGACCAAUUCCUGGUGGUGGCACGGGCGGUGGGGACAUUUGCUCGCGCUCUAGACUGCAGCAGCUCAGUCAGACAGCCCAGUUUACACAUGAGCGCAGCAGCAGCCUCUAGAGACAUCACACUGUUUCAUGCGAUGGACACUCUUCAUCGCCAUAACUACGACCUUUCGAGUGCCCUAAGCGUCCUGGUGCCCGCGGGGGGUCCGGUCCUCUGUCGAGAUGAGAUGGAGGAGUGGAGCGCUUCGGAGGCCGCCAUGUUUGAAGAGGCGCUGGAAAAGUACGGCAAGGACUUCAACGACAUCCGACAAGACUUUCUGCCCUGGAAGUCUCUGACCAGUAUCAUAGAGUACUACUACAUGUGGAAGACGACCGACAGAUACGUGCAACAGAAGAGACUGAAGGCGGCGGAGGCAGAGAGUAAACUGAAGCAGGUCUAUAUCCCCACAUAUAACAAGCCGAACCCAAAUCAGAUCUCCAUGACCAACGGGAAAAUGGCAACGGUGAACGGAGCGGGACCCGGAGCCUUCCACACGGCAGGGGGCGGGCGAGCCUGUGAGAGCUGUUACACGAUGCAGUCUGCGCAGUGGUACUCAUGGGGACCUCCUAACAUGCAGUGUCGUCUGUGUGUGUCCUGCUGGAUGUACUGGAAGAAGUACGGAGGUCUGAAGAUGCCGAGCAGAGCCGAGGGGUCAGAGGAGCGCACGUCUCCCACCCCCACUGGCAAUGAGCCGCGUGCCCGGGGUCACGUCGCUCGCCAGUCCAAUCACAUGGUCCCGAUGCGAAACAGCGGCAGCCCCAAGUCGUCAAUGAAGACAAAGCAGGCCUUCCUCCUCCAGGCCACCCGUCUCACCAAACUGGCUCGUCACAUGUGUCGUGACAUCAUCAAACUGCGCCGCGCCGCACGCCGACCCUUUGUGCCCAUUAACUGUGGCGCUGUAAAGGCAGAGUAUAUGUUGAGGGCGUCUGAAGGACAGGGGAUGCGCCUUCCCAAGAUCAGAGCCGCCCAGAGGAGUACGCUCACCAGUAUACUGCAGUUUCUAGAGUCUCGUCCUGCCACCCAGGUCCCUCGCUCUCACCGCACUCCAGGACUCCAGACCCCCCCACCCCGACGCCUCCUCUCCUCUCUGCCCCAUGGAACGCACGGCAUGCUGGGAAAACGCAGCUUCCACCAUCACAGCCGCACUGACCCUGAAAGACGCUCAGAAAAUCCGAGUUCAACAGGAGGACCUCUGCACAACGGACGCAGCAGUUCCAGUGGAAACACCAGAGGAGGAGUCAUGAUCCGUAAGAGGCGUCCCAACUGGAUCGACGCUCCGGAUGACAGCUUUUUCCUCGUUACCAGGGAAACCAGGAGGGCCCGGAGGUUACUGACCCGCUCCCAGCUGAGACGCGCCUGUCGACAGCCCUGUGAGCAGAUCACCCUCCGCAGGGUCUCCCAGGGCGCUCCACAGGGGCUGGUGCUGGCCCCACCCCACCCACACCCCAGUCUGAGGAUGAGGGGGCCGAUAGUCAUACACGACUGAGUCCUGAGCCCAGGACCACUGACAAAAUCAAAC